AUGGACUCCAAAUCAUAUAUAAUCGUUACGGGUGGUGCGGGAUACAUUGGCUCUCAUACCGUUGUAGAAUUGAUCCACCAUGGCUAUAAUGUUAUUAUCAUUGAUAAUUUAUGUAACGCUAGUCAUGAGGCAAUAGCUCGUAUAGAGUUCCUAGUUCGAAAACCCAUCCUGUUUUAUGAUAUCGACCUUCGUGACGAGAAGCAAUUGAAUCAUAUCUUUUCAUCCUACAACAUCCAAGGCGUAAUUCAUUUUGCAGCUCUCAAAGCUGUUGGAGAAUCUACGAAAAUGCCUCUUGAAUAUUAUGACAAUAAUAUUUAUGGAUCCAUCAGCUUGCUUCGAGUGAUGGACAAACACAAUGUCAAAACAAUUGUCUUUAGCUCUUCUGCCACGGUCUAUGGAGAUGCAACCCGGUUUGAAAACAUGAUCCCUAUUCCAGAAACUUGCCCGAAUGAUCCCACAAAUCCAUACGGGAAAACAAAGCACACCAUUGAGAAUCUCAUUGAAGACUUACAUAAAAGUGAUCCAUCAUGGCGUGGCGCCAUUUUACGCUAUUUUAAUCCCAUCGGUGCGCAUCCAUCUGGCUUGAUCGGCGAAGAUCCUUUGGAUGUCCCUAAUAAUUUGCUGCCGUUUCUCGCACAAGUAGCCAUUGGUAGACGUGAAAAGCUCUAUGUUUUUGGAAAUGAUUAUGAAAGCCAUGACGGUACUCCCAUUCGUGAUUACAUCCAUGUCAUUGAUUUAGCGAAAGGCCAUAUUGCUGCUCUAGACUAUAUGAAUAGUUUGCAACGUGAUGUUGGCUUAUAUCGAGAGUGGAAUCUUGGAACUGGGAAGGGGUCUACUGUUUUUGACGUCGUUAAUGCGUUCAGCCAAGCAGCAGGCAAAGAAUUGCCUUAUGAAGUUGUCGGCAGACGAGAUGGUGAUGUCCUUAAUCUAACAGCCGACCCAAGUCGUGCCAAGAAAGAGUUGAAAUGGAAUGCAACUCUGACAGUUGAACAGGCAUGUCGAGAUCUUUGGAAUUGGACCACCGAAAACCCUUUUGGGUUUCGGAUUGACAAUUAUCACUGGAAAAUCUUUAAUGAAUCUGGAACAUUCAAUUAUGAAAACAGAUUGCAUACGGUUAAAUUUCCAGAUCUGCAAGCGUCUUUUGCUAAUUAUGGUGCACUCAUACAAGAUGUUCAAUACAAAGGUCAACAUCUGGUUGUUGGGUUUCAAGAAUUUCAGCCUUAUACAUCGGAUGACAAUCCCCUUUUCGGCUCAACGGUUGGUCGAUAUGCUAAUCGGAUUUCAAAAGGCUCUUUCCAAAUAAAAGGAAAGGCGUAUGAACUUGACAAAAAUCAGAAUGGGUCUACUUUGCAUGGCGGAAGCAAUGCUUACAACAGACGGUACUUUUUGGGUCCAAUCUCAAAACAUUAUCGCGAUUAUAAUACGCUAGAGUUUAUCCUACUUGACGAAGAUGGUAACAACGGAUUUCCCGCUGAAGUAGAGACCACAGUUAAGUAUACGGUGAACAAUAGCUCAAUUGAAAUUGAGUAUCAAUCUUCCAUUAGCGAGAACUCUCCGAAUGAUGCCACCGCUGUAAGCCUAACCAAUCAUUCUUAUUGGAACCUUUCCAGUGGUGGAACCAUCGAUGGUACUGUAAUAAAGCUAGCUUCUGAUAAAUAUCUAAAAACAGAUCCAAAAACUCAGCUACCAAGUGGUGAAAUCAUUUCAUCAACCCAGCCACUGACCAAAUCCAUCGAAAUAUUGCCGGAUGUUUCUUUUGAUAAUUGCUUUAUCGUGGACGAAAGUGAUUUCUCUCUUGAUACAAGAGGAAGGGAGUUGAAAACAAUUGCAGAAGCAACCCAUCCUUCUUCAUCUAUUAAACUCUCUGUGGCAUCUACAGAACCAGCUUUUCAAUUCUACACAGGUGAUAAUAUAGAUAUGGAUCCUAUAAAACCCAGAGCUGGUUUUUGCGUUGAAGCUGGUCGCUACGUAAAUGCCAUCAAUGAUUCGUCUUGGUCCAAACAGGUUCUUCUUCACAAAGGAGAAUUUUACGGCUCUAAACUAAAAUUUACUUUCUCAUGCUGA